AUGGACGAGGCUACUGGAGAAACAGAAACUCAAGAUUUCAUGAACGUCGAAUCCUUCUCUCAGCUUCCUUUCAUCCGCCGCCCUAAAGAUAAGAACCCUAAACCCAUUCGUGUCUUCGGCAAAGAUUUCACCGAUGGAGAUCUCUCCGGCACCACCCGUCAAGAAUACUACCCCGAUCCCUCCCAGAACAAAAACAAAGAAGAAGAAGACCAAACCGGAGAUAACGACAAGGACAAUACUAGCAUCAGCAACAACAGGAGAUACGAGUGUCACUAUUGCUUUAGAAACUUCCCUACUUCACAAGCCCUAGGUGGACACCAAAACGCUCACAAACGCGAACGCCAGCUUGCCAAACGCGGUGUUUCCUCAUACUUUCAUCAUCCUGACACUAGCCUUUACACUAGUUACCGUCACUACCCGUCCUGGAGUAGCAGCCCAUUUACCGCGGCUAGAUCCUAUGGAAGACACUUUUCUAGCCUCCAGUCUUCGGCGUAUUACACACGACGACCGAGCUACGGGAGCCCGUUAGGACUGUGGCGUCGACCACGGACUUCUCCCUCUGGCCUUCAAAGCAUUUAUAGCUCAAACGCAACGUUUACUGGCAGUAACUUUUCGUCUAACUCAACUUUAUCGUUGUUGGCCGGCUCUCAGCCCCAACCACCGUUACAGCUGGGUGGCCCUAGAUCUCAUCAGAUCCGAACUUCGUCUUACCGCUACGGCUUGAGUCCUAAUGUUCAAGAUCAUGUGAGUCUCGAUCUUCAUCUUUAA